AUGGGUGUGGACAGCACAAUGGGCGUCGAAAUCUCCAACUACUACUUGUAUGAACCAAGCCAUGCCGCCCCCGCAGUGUUCUCUGCUCUCAUUGGCAUAUCGUUGAUACUACAUCUAUAUCAGAACUUCCGUUAUAAGUUCUGGAGGGUCACCUUUUUUAUGGUAUGGGGUGGCCUUGUCUUCUUAAUUGGAUGGAUAGCCCGAACAGUUUCAAGCUACCACACCGGGAAUCUGAACCUAUAUAUUGUUCAAACGAUAUUCAUCUAUGCGGGACCUCCAAUAUACUCGGCAGCCGCAUACAACAUUGUCGGCCGUCUGAUGAACUAUUUACCUAUGCAUACGCCUCUGAACCCAAAUCGAGUCCUCAUCUUGUUUGUCUACCUGGGUGCUCUCGUUGAAGGUCUUACCGCUGCUGGCGGUGCUAAAAUAUCCGCUGCAAAUGGUAGAUUCGAUGUUAUGGAGUCUGGAGGCACCCUCAUGUCUGUUGCUCUCCUUCUCCAGGCGGUUGUCGAAACGAUAUUAGUAUCUAUGGUUGGUUUGAUCCACUACCGCUGUGCCAACGGCGGAGCCCCCGUUCCACCAAAUGUACGCCGGCUCUGUAUUACCCUAUACGGCACAUCGACAUUAGUGAUUGUCCGUUGCAUUUGUCGUGCUGUUGAGUCGUUUACCUUGUACAAAGCUAUUGCCAAGUGUGAAGGAGGCAGCUGCAGUUCCGCUAUUAGAAACGACUUCGUUCUUACCCACGAGUGGUAUAUCUUUGUUUUUGAAGCAGUGCCCAUGGUCCUGUUUACCUUCUGGCUCAAUUUAUUGCACCCUGCCCAAUGCCUUCCGCGGGUAAAGACUCGGUACUUGGACCUCGAUGGGAAAACAGAACGCAUGGGUCCCGGUUGGAUUGAUAGGCGAUCUCAGUGGAAGACCUUUGCAGAUCCCCUUGAUUUAUCCGGAGUAUUGAAAGGAAAGCCCAAUAAUGAAACAUUUUGGGUGCAACCUGAGAAAUGGCCCUUGGCAGAGGAUGGCAGUUUUGCAGCUGGAACAGCAACUAAUGUAGGUGGCCGCCGGGCGAGACUGCCGUCAAAAUCUACUCCCGAUACCUUGUCGGAAUCCGUCUAG